AUGGAGGUUGAUGGGGAUCCUCUGCCACCAUACUCUGCUCGUCAUUGCGACGAGCUCGUGGGCCAUGGACCGGACAUUUCUUUCGACCCGGCGCCAUCUGUGCCAAGUGCAAUGGCGGCAAUGGCGGCUGCCAAUCCUCCUGCUGCACCGCCAGUCGCACCACCGAUUGCGCCAACCGGUCCAACUCUGACUACCUUCGUACCUACAUCUGCGGCAACUUCCUCUACGACUGUUACGACUACGCCUACAGUCACGGCCCCACCAUCUGCGCUUCAAGCUUGGUUGUCUUCACCUAUGGCUAUGGCUCCUUCGUCUUCAACUGUAUUACCUCCAUCGGCGUCAUCGGCCUCUACCCCUGUAGAUGUCGCGACUCUUCCUUUCAACACCGUGCGCUUCAAGCGCAGCGUGCCUUUCCACAUCUUCUGGUCCCGUGUCUGCUCCAUCAUGGACCUACCCGAGCGCGAGGCUCUACUUGGCUACAAAUUCGACAACGACAAGGCCCGGGACUUGCCUCGUGAACUAUCUUCGGAUAGUCAUCUUCGUGAGGCUCUCAAUACUGGCUUUGAUAUCCAACGCCACGCUCGCACUCGCGUGGUAUCGGUCUCGAUCCACAACUUGAACCCUCCGCACAUCGCUGCAUCCCAUCAACCUGAUGCACCGGAAUCUUCGCGCAGCAGGAAGCGCAAGCAUGACGCACGGGUGAACCUCGAGAACUCCUCGAGCUUCCUCUGCAAUAUGCGAGCGCUGCGGCAGCGGUGGGCUUGUGCACAACACAAUGGCCAGUGGUGCUAUGUCGAUCCUUGCACGGGCGAUCAUGUUACUCUCGAUGUCGCCAUGCUCACGCAUUGGGCCGAGUCCAUUGCGAAAGAUGUGGCCGGCCUCGAGUCGCCGCCGGAGAUGUUACGAUUGAACGACCGGCUGACCCGUCCAACGCGCCAAGUUCCGACUUUGCGCCCUCAACCGAACAUCCAGGUUGAUGUACAUGUCCCUCCAUCAUUCGCUCCGAUCCAGCCCACUUCUAGUGCGAUGCCCGCUCUCUCUGCACCAUUGCCCGGUGAUACAUCGUCGCCCAUGCUUGUUGAUGAUGACGACGACGUCCUCAUCGCGUACCCACUCAUCGAGCAGCUUUUUGCUGAGCUGCACUCGGUUGCCCCUGCUCAGAACUACCCGUCGUACUUGCAUCGUUUCCACGAGCAGGGAGUUUUCUAUGUUGAUGCGGUGGCUCGCUACUUGCGUGAGGACAUUCAGGCUUGCUUCGACAUUCCCGCCGCUGCUGCCGACAACCUCGUGUCCCAUGCUGCGCGUCUCAUGCGACGUGCGCAGAAGGCGAAGGCACCUAUGUCGUGA